CCAGCGCCGCGCCUUCUAUAGCCGGCCGCUGCAGAGCCGGGGCGGAGUUGCCGCGCCCGCUGCGCCUCGCGGGGUCCCCCGGAGAGGUCGCCCCCGGCCGGGCAGGGCAGGGGAAGCGCCCCCGUUGGCAAGCGGCCGGGUGGUCGUCGCCCACCCACCUACCCACCCAUUUAAGGGGGGGGGAAGAAAUCCCCGCGUCGUUGCGCUUUCCCACGAGCAGGUCCCCCGCCAUGAGUCGUCGGGUGGUUCGCCAAAGCAAGUUCCGGCAUGUCUUCGGACAGCCAGUCAAGGCCGACCAGAUGUACGAGGACAUUCGCGUCUCCAAAGUGACCUGGGACAGUUCCUUCUGCGCUGUCAACCCCAAGUUCCUGGCCAUCAUUGUGGAAUCGGGAGGAGGUGGUGCCUUUAUGGUCCUCCCCUUGAGCAAGGUGGGCCGCGUGGACAAGAACGUUCCCCUGGUGACUGGACACACGGCCCCCGUGCUGGACAUCGACUGGUGUCCCCACAACGACAACGUCAUUGCCAGCGCAUCCGAAGACACAACCAUCAUGGUAAGUGACGGUGCCAGGGAU